AUGGCUCCGAAGACGCACGCGAAGGCGGCGGAGAGCGACGCGCAGCAGCUGAAGACGAAGCUCGAGACCGAGCCGCUGAGCAAGAGCCUCACGGGCACCGUCAUUCCCGAUGAAACCUCCUUCAACAUCGAGGCGGAGAUCAAAGCCCUGGGCGGGCUGGAGGUGCUGGUUCCAGGGAAGCUGGAGCCGACGCUGAUUCGGCAGCAUCUGGACGAGUCGCUCCUCAAGGCCUUCAACUGCGCGUGCAACCUCAUGCUGCGGGACAUCAAGGCUCCGCCGCAGUCCUUUCAUGACCCUGAAAGGGGUGAUGCACUAACGAUUGCGGAGUAUGAUCUGGCUCUGGGCAAGGUGGCAUAUGAGAAGGACCUGAACCUCCACAAGGCAGCAGAGAUGUCAGGGGACGCUGGAGCGCAGAACUUCAUUGAGAAUCGCUUGCUCAAGCCAGCGAUGCUUGCGAUACAACGCUGUGCUCACUAUGUGACUCAGAUCAGGCGCGUGGGCAAGGGAACAGGGGAGUACCAGAUGGAUCAUCACAUGCUCAUGGGUGUGGACGUUGGAGAACUCACCGUGGGACAGGUUCUUGAUCCAAUGACUGAGCGUAUGUCGGUGCACAUGCAGCCACCUACCAAGCGUGCUCGCACAGCAGCUGAUGGCAUUGGGAGUACCAGAUGGAUCAUCACAUGCUCAUGGGUGUGGACGUUGGAGAACUCACCGUGGGACAG